AUUCACUCAUUUCCUUUCAUCUGCUGUAAGUCUGUUCUCAUUUUCUGAUUGUUUCUCUUUGUUCUCAGUUAAAUAAUUGUAUUUGAAUUGAACGUUUUUAAUCAGUACUUCCUUCAUAAAAUUAUCUUCGCUGUGUAACUCAAAUUAAUCAAAUUUCUUUUUUAUCUAUUCCUAUUUCUACGCUUCUUCUUACAAGCUUACAAGCUCCUUUGUGUGUGUGUGUGUGUGGAUCAUUUUUUUUUCCUCUCUCUCUCUAUCUUUCUAUUUGUAUCUUUCUCUCUCUCUCUCUCUCUCUUCUUAGUCUUUUUUUCUCUCUCUCACUCUAUCUUUUUUUCUCUUUUUUCUCUGUUUUCUUUCUCUGACCAACCUAUAUAUCCAUUUGGAUGUACACUCUUCCAUUUUCGACGACUGAAGGUGAUUAUAUUUUAUCUGAUAUUAAUCCUUUAAACUGUGUCAAGAAUGAGAGAAGAGAUUGAAGCUGCUGUGAUUUUUCUUGUUCGACUAAUUGGUAAAAGUAAUGCUCUGGUUGAAGAGAAUUUAAUCAAAUUUCAAGAUAAUCUUGUUGAACUAUUGGCUAAAAAAUAUGAGAAUCACUGGUUUCCAGAGAAACCUAAUCGUGGCCAAGCUUAUAGGUGUAUAAGAGUUAAUGAAAGUGACCGACGAGAUACUAUCUUGGAAAUAGCCAGUAAAAUGUCUGGUAUCAACUAUGAUGAUCUCAGUUUACCAGUCGAAUUAACUCUUUGGGUUGACCCUAAAGAAGUAACUUGUCGAUUUGGUGAACAUGAAGGAUCUUAUUGUGUUAUUGCGUGUUUCAAGGAUGGUAAAAGUGAGAAUAUUAGUGAUAAAAUAACCAUUGAUGCCAUCGAAAAGGAGUAUCUCAAGAAGUCAAAGCAAAAUUCCUAUGAAUUUAAUAAUACACCUCCACAGAAGAAACAAGUGACCAUGAAUCGCCAUGAUAAUAAAAAUUUUGGAAAAAAUCUCACCAAUUCAUCACCUGGAGUAGUACCUGUAUCAACCAGUUCUGGAUAUUCAAAUAGAUUGGUGUCAAAUUCAAAUACAACUGAAUUUUAUACCAAUCAAUUAAACUGUAGUCCUCAUCAUUUUACUAACAGUCCUCCUCAUCAAUCGGCUCCUCACCGUUCAAUGCAUCAUCCACAAAGUUUAUUGGAUACUGAUUAUCAUCAAUCAACCAUUUCACCACUUAACCACAGUCUUGGUGGAUUGCCAUACCAAGUUAGUCCUGCUGACUUCGCCAACCAAGCUAAUAACGCCAAUAACACUAACUCUAAUCUACUCUGUGGUAAAUUUUCUCGCAGCGUUCGAAAUACUUUUAAUAACGUGACUUUUCCUACGGACACUUUUCAAACCCUCAAUGAUCGUUAUUAUUGGAAAAAUAAGAUGAUUGUUAAAGCUUAAAACAAAACAAAAAACUUCAUUUGGAUGAUACGUCUUCAUACACGCAUAUACAUAUACAUAUACACAUUACAAACAAAACAAUUACACCAUACAAAUUAACCAACAACAACAACAACAACAACACAAAUACACAUACACAUACACAUUUACACACACACACACAUUACAAAUUAAAUUGUUAAUUUUAAUUUCCAAUAA